AUGCCUCUCGGAUCUUCGCCCCAGGGCUCCAUAAGAGCAUCGGGCUCCCUCUUGGAUAAAAGCUCCCCCUACGCCCCCAACACCCCGCCCGCCGAUGCGCCCGCCGGCACGGCCGAGAUCUACGCGCGCAUCGCAGAGCGCCGCCACCCUCGCCCGCUGAUCCCGCUUGACUUGUCUCUCUUGCACAGCCCCCCGGUCGCCAAUGGCUGGAACAGCUUCUUGGGCGCGAUCCGAUCGGAGACGGUCGUGGACCAGGGAAUCCUAGAAUUGGCCGUGUGCCGGGUUGCGGUGCUCAACGGGGCGGUCUACGAGUGGAAUGCGCAUGCCCCGCUUGCUUUGAAGGGCGGGGUCAAGCCGGAGGCGAUGCAGGCCUGUAGGGCUCUGCCUUCAACUGCUGAGGGGGACUUGAGUCAGUUGCAGAACAGCGCUCUUACGGCGCAGCAGAAGGCCGUACUACGCUACGCGGAUCAGAUGACGAAAACCAUCAAGGUUGAGGACGAGGUGUUUGCGCAGCUGAAGACGGUGGGGUUCAAUGACCGGGAGAUUGUGGAAUUGACGACUGGGAUUGCGGGGUAUAACUGCGUGAGUCGUGUUCUGGUGGCUCUUGAUGUGGGCGAAAACAAUGGGCGCGAGAUGAAGAGUGUGGAGGAACUGGUUGCUGCGCUCCAAUAG